ACUCUUCAAAUUUAUCAAUCCCCAUCAAAUUUUAGAACAAUCAUACUAAAUCUCUUCAAAUUUUAUUUUCUCCUGAUAUUAGAUAGCCGUUGAUUUUUUUUAAAUAUAAAAAUACUCUUAUCAACUUUUUCAAUUUGGGCAUUAAAUUCUAGCUAUUAUAUAGAAUAGAAAAAUUCGAUUUUGGUGGUUAGGUAAGAAAUUAGAGAAAAGUUAGAAAACCCCCAAAAAUUUGCUAUAAAUCAUCUUCUGCAAUUCAUCAAUUUCAUAUUAUCUUCUGCAAUAAUUUCAUCAAUUUGAUUGAGCUCGAGGAGAGAGAAAGAGAGAAAUCUUCGAGCUCACAUAUUACUCAAUAAUGGAGGAUCAAAGUUGCAGCAUCGUAGAAAUCGAAGGAAAUUUGAGCUCUAAUUGUGAUUUUGAUUCGUAUGAUCAUAAUUCUCCUUGGGCUCUUGAUAUUGGAGGUUCUCUGAUUAAGUUGGUAUAUUUCUGUGGAGAAGAUAGCGGCUUGGAGAAGAGUUCUGAAAAAAGUGUUGGAGUAGAGGGGGUUGGACUUGUAACAAAUUCCAAGAAUUAUCCUUUUCUCAACGGCAAGCUCCAUUUUGCAAAGUUUGAGACCAGCAAAAUAAAUGAGUGCUUAGACUUCAUUGAAUCCAAUCUUCAUGGCAGCCGUUGCAGGGACCAAGAGGUUUCAGACAAAAAAAAAUUAAUGAUUAAGGCUACUGGGGGUGGGGCCUACAAAUAUGCUGAUCUUUUUAAAGAGAAGUUUGGGGUUAGGCUUGACAAGGAGGAUGAGAUGGAUUGUCUCGUGGCUGGUUCUAAUUUUUUGCUGAAGGCAGUCCCUUGUGAAACUUUCACAUACAUAGAAGGUCAGAAAGAGUUUGUGAAGAUUGACUCCAACGAUUUAUUUCCCUAUCUCCUUGUCAACAUUGGCUCUGGAGUCAGUAUGAUUAAGGUUGAUGGAGAUGGAAAGUUUGAGCGAGUUAGCGGAACAAGUGUAGGAGGUGGCACCUUUUGGGGUCUAGGAAGGCUUCUAACAAAAUGCCAAAGCUUUGAUGACUUGCUCGAGUUGAGCCAUCAGGGAAAUAAUAGAGUUAUUGACAUGCUUGUCGGAGACAUUUACGGUGGUUCAGACUAUUCUAAGAUUGGCCUGUCAGCAACAACUAUAGCGUCUAGUUUUGGCAAGGCAAUUUCUGAAAAGAAAGAGCUUGAGGAUUACAAACCUGAGGAUGUUGCCCGAUCCCUAUUGCGGCUUAUUUCAAACAACAUUGGGCAGAUUGCCUACUUGAAUGCGCUUCGGUAUGGACUAAAACGGAUUAUCUUUGGAGGAUUUUUCAUCCGCAGUCAUGAAUAUACUAUGGACACAAUAUCUGUUGGAGUUCAAUUCUGGUCAAAAGGUGAAGCAAAAGCCAUGUUUCUGAGGCAUGAAGGGUUUUUGGGGGCAUUGGGUGCAUUCAAGAGCUAUGAGAAGCAUGGCCUUGGUAACUUAAUGGCCCACCAUCUAACUGAACAAUCACCUGCAGCAUCACCCCUCCCUCAGAUCGAACAAAAGCCGAAUGUCAUGAUUCGGGAAUCCACAGAUGCUGAAAGCAUUAAUUACAGUGUAUGUGGUAGCGAUACCAUGAAAUUGACCUGAACCUGAUUUUGAGGUACAAUGUGGCAAAUUAUUUGUUUGCCUUUGUGAUUUAAUUAGCCGAGCCUUGUUCGUGUAAUAUACCGUUAGCGUUUUUCUUCAUAUCAACAUUCAAUAUUUAAAGUUAGGUGGGGAGGGGGUUGUGCAGGGGAAGAUUUGUAAGUUUUAUUUUCUUCUUUCUUGAUAUUGAACAAAGAGGUAACACUUCAACGUUUUGUACAUAAGCAAUUUAUGUGAAUCCUUGUUCUACAGUACAA